GAUCCUGCAGCGAGUGGACUGCGGGAGUCCUGGACCGUCCAGCCCUGUACUACAGUUCAUUGCAGAGUACUCGAUGUCCUUGUAUUUAUUUAUUUACUUUUUGGUAGGCUGUUUUAAUGUGGCUAUAAAGUAAAGAUGUUGGAAGAGAAGUAGGUCAAGUUCAGACGAGUCGGAAGCGUGGGCUCAACAAUAUACGCACUUUUAAACUACACAUCAGCACUAGUUGUUUCCACUUUUAUAAUCAUCCUGUUUUACUCAUGUCACGCUGACGAGCCACUGUCGGUUUCGAUAGCUGAUACAGAGCAUGUGAAGUGAGCUGCCGGGACUCAAGACAUGGAGGCACCUGAAGCACAUUCAGAGACCACGAACACAGAGGGCUGUUUCGACAGGACCUUCUCGGCCCUGACUGUGGAUGAUGUGUAUGAAAUAGCCAAACUGAUCGGCACCGAGGUGGAGAAGCUGAUCGAUGGCUGUGGCAAGGAGAGCGUCGUGGGUCUGGUGCCGAAAAUAGUGAAGGUGCUGGAGCUGCUGGAGAGCUUCGCGUCGCGGAACCAUGCUCUCAAACUGAGGGAAGAGGAACUGCUCAAGACCUUCGAGGCGAUACAGCUGCAACAGCAGAAGACACGUGUGGGGAAAGAAAGCGAGGAGGACAACGAUAAAAAUGAUAUACGGCAGGAGCUGCAGCAGAAGGAGGAGCAGUGGAGAAGGAGGUGUGAGGAGCUGCAGGUCCAGGUACAGCAGCUCCAGGAGGACAGGGAGGAGCUGCAGAGCAGGCUGAAGGGCAGCCAUGCACAGGAAGGCCGUGUCCAGCGGCAGGAGCGAGAGGUGAUGCUGAAGCUGAAGGAGGUGGUGGACAAGCAGAGAGAUGAGCUGAGGGCCAAAGUCCAGGAGAUAACCACCAUCUCCAAAGAGGUGGAGGCGCUCCAGGAGCAGUUGGACCGCUUCAUGAAGAUGAAUGCGGAGCUGCGACACAAGCUGAAUGUGAUGCAGGCCCAGCUGAAGAGCACCGUGGAGAGGAAGGCCGACAUGGAGGCCGACCUGAAGGAGAAAAACAAAGAGAUAGAAAACCUCCAAGCACAGCUGGACAGAACCAACAGCAACAGCCCCUCCAGUCCAAGUCAGACAGCUCGUAAGUUAACGAUAAAGUCGACGGUCGACCAGAAGGAUCCCGAUCUGCCGUGCUUCACCAAGAAGGAGGUGCGUGACAUCAUUUUCGAGAGGAACAAGCUCAAAACCAACCUCUUCCUGGUGCAGGAGGAGCUCAACUACUAUCAGAGGGAGAUCCUGAAUGAGGAGAGGUGUCCAGGUUUCCUAUUAGAGGCCGUCCGCUCUGCCAUCAAAAAAAGGAGAAAGCUCAUUAAGGCAAAGAUGCUGGGAAUUCCUGUGAAUGAAUACAGCAGCAGUGAUGAGGAGGAGAGGACUUCUCUGUUUGGGCAGACAGAAGUAGAUGGCACAGAAGUUGACGGCACUGACAAACCAGCUGAGUCACGCAUUCGAAACCUCUUUGGCUUCUUGACGCGGACGGGCAGCGGCCGGAGCCCCACCCACAUGAGCAACUCCGCCUCCAGCUGGGAAAUCCUCGGAGACUCAGAGGCCACUGAUGAGACGGAGCAGCCUCCCGAGUCCUGCUGAACCCUUCUUCUCUCAGUCACAACUUCUUCCUCAGCUUGUAAGAGAAAAUCUGGUUUGACAUUUGAACGCAGCCCCAGUGUGUAUAACACAAAAGCACUAUGUGUCAGCCUUUUUAAACAGGCUCUUCAGCUUUCUUUUUUGCUUUAUUUCAAUCAUAAAUACUUUCAUUUCCCUUUUGGUUUAUUUCACUCUUAAAUCCCUAUCUAUUUUCCAUAGAAGUGAUAAAUGAGUACAUGUAGUACACUAAUACUAUAGUACAUAUGGUACAGUGUACCGCAGUAUUAAGAGGGAUACUUUUUUAACAAAAAAAUAUGCUUCCUUUUGUAUGAUUCAAAUAUUAACACAACAAUCAUGUUAUUCCUCAUUGUAAGGAAAGUUUAAUUUUUAGUAAUUUUAGAAAAAUGGGUUAUUACGCAUAGAUGUUUUAAUAGAUCCUCAAACAUUUUUAACAAAAACCAAAGACAUUACAAAGGUAUAUAUUCUGAAAUGAAACUCUCCCCUCUAGUAAUAUGGAAAACAGUAUAUUAAGUUCACCUCUGUUCCACAAGAGGGCGUUGGGUCAUUUCAUAACUAAUGUAAUAAUCAAGAUUUUACCACAAAUGUAUCAUGAAACCUUUGCCUCAGUAGGGGAAUUUUUAAGCCAUGUGUUUACUCAUUUGAAGCACUUUUAUGCUCAAGGGAAAAAAAGAAAGUUGUAGUCAUAUGAGCCUUAACUUGUGUUGUCGAGAAUAUAUUUGUUAAAUGUUGAGUCAUCACACAGAGCCAAAGCCUUUUGCUGGUGUUUAUUUGAUGGUGGUGCCAUAAAUGUGCAUGUGUACGUGUGUGUGUAAGCACAUGUGCUCUGGCUGGUGUACCAGCCUCUGCAGAUUGGUUACUUCACUUUAAAAAGAAGCUAUAAGCUUCCUUGGGGAAAUGAGAAAUGUUUUUUUUAGUUCCCACCACCAUUAGCUGACGAGUUACCAAAAAGUAACUACAUUUACUGUGUCUGACCCCUCUGUUCCCUCUAAAUGUCUGACCGGAGCACUCACACUCAGACAAUGACAGUGGUUUUGAAUUUGUUGAGAGACAAUGUAUGACCUUCCAGUCAGAUUUUCCUGAAAUACUGUGUGCAAUUUAUUUUUGUAAGCAUGUUUUUAAUGGUACGUUUUCACUGACAAAAACAGAUUUAAGAUGUCAGUUGCCAUGUGAGUUAAUUCUAUUGAUGAAAUGUGAUAAAAACUAUUCUAAAAACUAUAAAUGUGGAUUUUUUCCUGUGAUAUUGAGGUCUCAAGAUUCAAUAAAAUCCAUCAAACAUAAAAUUGUAUUGAAAAUCAAA